UACAGCAGGCUCUUGUCACUUGUUUUUGUUUCCUGGCUCCCCAGCUGCUCUGACCCUUCCCUCCCCUCUUGCUCAAUUUCUCUUGCUCUCCUCGGCCCAUUCCAGUUCUCUCCUUUCCUCCCUGCGGUUGUGAGUGUUUUUUGGGUUGAGCGAUGUGUUGUUCGGUGGGUUUCGCCAGGUCUCUGGGUCUGGCUCUGCUGCCUCUGGCCCUCUGCUGUAUCCUGGCCAACCUACUGCUGCUGUUUCCCAUGGGAGAAAUCACCUACAUCCAGCAGGACCGCCUGGCCAGCUACAUCUGGUACUUUGGUGGACUAGGAGGAGGUGGAUUGCUGAUGCUGUUUCCAGCUGUGGUCUUCAUCACUCUGGGGAAAUGUAGCUGCUGCUGGAAUGAGAGUUUAAUGAUGUGCGGGUCAGUGUUGGCAGCUGCGGUCGGCCUGGUGGGGUCUGGCUACUGUUUCAUCAUGUCAGGAUUCGCCUUGGUGCAGGGCCCUCAGUGCUUCACCUCUUAUGGAUGGUCAUACCCCUUUGCAGACCAGGGGGGCAGGUAUCUCUUACAACCAGAGACUUGGUCACGCUGUCUUCAGCCGGUUCACAUCGUAGAGUGGAACGUGACUCUGCUGUGUGUGCUACUGGGCCUGGCCGUGUUGGAGUUCAUCAUCUGUCUCUUACAGCUGGGAAACGGUUUAGUCAAUGCCGUCUGCCGGCCCUGUUGCUACAAGCAGGAGUAUAGUCUUAAUGCUUAGAUCUAAACACACAUGCAUACGUGUAUGUAGACUCACCUGCUGAGAGUCACACACUCGACAAUGUAUGCAUACAUACAGGACAUUAAUGGACACAUGCAUACGCAACCUUAUUGCCCAGCACCAUUUAUAUGUGUGGAAGUACACCUCAAUCUUACUUAGACAGACCGACCUACAGUACAUAUGCAGUGUCAUGGACACCUGACUGCCACGUCAGUAUAUUUGCUAUAUUUUCAAGCUUUUAAUGUGCCUGUUAAAGUGGCAAAAAUCUCUAUACAGUCCUUGAUGAUGAUGAUGAUGAUGAUGAUGAGUUGAUGAUGCUCAUUUCCAUUAUUUAGUUAUUCAUUAGCAUCUUGGCUGACAUGAUUAUCUUGAUGCACCAGGAAGUGUCCUUUCUGUCCAGUUUGAUACUUGUGGUUCCAACGUUUAUACACUGUGUUGGAUCACCUAAGGAUUAAGAGCAGAUUUUUGUGUUUGUCUUUGUACAUUUGUUUUAAUUUCCAGAGCAUUUUGUUGUAAAUUGUUUCUUUAUAUGUUUUGGAUGCUAGAUCAGUGUUAAUGGACACUUUAUAUAUAUUUUAGUGACAUAUUUUUAUAAUGUAUGUUUGUUUGUGCUGCCUUGAAU